CGAGAAUGAAAAUUUUCCAUGGCUGCAUCGUAAGGAGAUCUUCUGAGAGGAUUACAAGUCUUCGCUCAUGACAAUUACACCUUCACUUUCUCAUGCAUUAUUGUUCUUGUUCCGCUGUCGUGCUCUCUCUGCAUCAUGAAACAUGAGCCAGACCGCCUUCACAUCGUCCACAGCGUCCUUGAGGAGUCGUUACUCACAGUGGCAGAACAGGAACGAUGCUGCUGAAGUGUUGAGAUCCUACCUCCGUUCAAAUCCUCCUUCGACCUCUCGCUCAUGCCACAGACGUCGUUAUUCUGCUCAGCCUGCUCCUAGACCGGACGACCCUCCGACGAAUGACGUUCACAAUGUUUCUGAGCAAGAGAAGAGCAAUGCAUUUGCUCGCUGGGGCAGGCAGAGACUGGCAAACAGGGAAUUCUUUACAAGUCUGUUGAGCUCCGCAGCUACGAAACGAGACGCAAAGGCAUAUAUCUCCAGACUCAAGACCCCGGCGAAGGCGGCUUCUGGUGCAAUCACUGCCCAGCAGCCUGCAUCUGCUAGAAAAGAUCCACCAGUGAAUGUGGGCAACCUUUUCGGCCGUGCUCGAGCUGUGGAGGAAAGUCCGAUCUUUACACAAUAUGAAGAUGAGUUGUCACAAUCGCUUGGAGAGCAAGAAAUUCUACAUGUUGCUGUGGUCAAGCUCAGUAAUGUCAGUACCAUGGAUGACAGUAUCUUAAACGGCAUUGCCCAGACCCUUUCUUCCCUAUCUCGUCUGAGUAUGGCUCCAUGUAUUGUGUUGGAGGAACCCGAACAAGGUGAUGAACAGACUCGGCGGAAGCAACUGGCACAGUCAGCAGACAAACUCGUGGCUGCCAUUGAUCGAGCCAGUGAGGUCGGUGCCCGGAGGUUAGACAAUUUGUUCAGCUUUGGUACAGAUGGUCAACCUCAAGUCUUCCUCCGGAAACUUCUGACCCGUCCCCUUCGUCGAGGCCGAAUCCCGGUGAUUGUGCCUACCGCAUACUCUGAAGCGCGUCAGCAGGUUGUUCCCAUUGGCGCGGAUGAGGCUCUGCUAGGAUUGAUCAGAGAACUUGCAGGUCUCAAUUUCACGCCCAGGAAGGACGAGAAUCCGGAGGCUGUGGCGCAGAAAGAGAAUGCCCUGCGCAAACAGAUUUCUGUUGACAGGAUCAUCGUUGUCGAUGAGACUGGCUGCAUACCCAGCACCAAAUCACCAGACCGAAAACAUGUCUUUGUCAAUCUGCAUCAAGAAUACCCAUCUUUACAAGAAGAGCUAAGGAGUUCCACCAGCGGCAAUGUAUCCAAAAAACAUGCAACGAACCUGAAGUUGUUCAGAGAAGCUCUAAGGAUGUUGCCACAUUCUUCAUCAGGGUUGUUGACGACUCCGUUGGAGGCUGCAAACACAGCCCGAGCAUCAGAUGACGGAGCCUCCAACGUCGGCACCAGACGGCAAAAGAAUCCUCUCAUACAUAAUUUGCUGACCGACAAACCGGCGUAUUCUUCCUCUCUACCUACAGGACGCUUGGCUCAGGACACACCUACCACGUCUGCAACGACCUCGACUUUUGUCAAGCGUGGCAUGCCGUUAACGAUCUUGCCCAACCCUCACGCCCAGGUCUGGACAUCAGUGAGCACACCUCGACUGAAAUUGACCGACCCUAGAAUCGAUCUCGAGCGGCUCGUUUACCUGAUUGAUGAUUCUUUCAAUAGGAAGCUUGAUGUUGACGCCUAUUUGAGACGAGUCAACGAUCGGGUCGCCGGCGUCAUCAUCGCUGGCGAUUAUGAGGGCGGCGCAAUCUUGACUUGGGAGACACCGCCUGGCGCUUCUGAUGAGGACACCUCCCGUCUGGUCCCAUAUCUUGACAAAUUUGCCGUACUCAAGAAGAGCCAGGGUGCUGGGGGCGUCGCCGACAUUGUCUUCAAUGCCAUGGUCAGGACAUGUUUCCCCAACGGUGUCUGCUGGCGGAGUCGGAAAGACAAUCCCGUCAACAAAUGGUACUUUGAGCGAUCCAGGGGGACGUGGAAGAUUCCAGAGAGCAAUUGGACCAUGUUUUGGACCACACCGAAUCUGAUGGAGGAGACAAAUAGCCAGACCUUUUUGGACUAUGAAGGCGUCUGUCGUACGGUCAAGCCUACCUGGGCUGACGGGAAGAAAGUGGCAGACUGAAUUUGAGGGAUGAGGUUAUGAUGUUGACGUAGCGAAUCUAUGAACAUACAGGGUAUAUAUAUAUAUGAAC